AUGGGUAUAUUUCAGCAAGUGAAGAUCGCAGAAAAAAGGGAUGUGUGGAAAUGGGCGAAUGAUUUCAAUGAAGGGUACUCCGUAAAAGCAGUCAGAAUGGAACUUGCGGGUAUGCAAAAUGUAGCAAGGACGGAACAACAUUUUGUCUGGAACUCGUGGGCGCCUUUGAAAGCAAACUAUCUGGCGUGGCAAGCAAUAGAAGGAAAAAUAGCUAGCAAAAUCGCGUUGACGAAUAGGGGAUGCACCUUCGACAACUUGGUGUGUGAUCGAUGCGGCCUGAACAAUGAAGAUACGAAUCAUAUACUCGUGGGGUGCCUAUGGGCAAGAACAACGUGGUGGCAUGUAUGUCGGUGGAUCGGUAUCCAAUUCCCUGUAGUGGCUGAGUCUGUGAAGGAAAUCUUGGUGUAUAUGCAAUCCCAAAUCGGCUCGAGGAGAUGGAAGAAAAUAAUAAAUGUAGCGGCCCUUGCAACAAUUUGGAGACUAUGGGAGGCAAGGAAUGUCACACCCUAA